AUUUUUCUUGCAAGCCUUUCCAGCAGUUGCGUUCACCAUCUCCGAAGAGCGCUGGAGAGCACUUGACUACCAAUGCUACCCAGACAACGGGCCCCCCGGCAGCUUCAGUCUCCCUGCCUCGCCAGAGUACCGCGUACAGGUCGGCUUCAUGCGCAAGCCCCAUUAUCACCACCAAAACAAUUAGCACAGCGACAACAACGUCGGUGCUUUUAUGACUGGAAAAAGAGAGGGUCAAGCAAAGCUUCAAAGAAAUCCGUGCAGGAGCGCGAAAGUCCCGAUCAGAACCUCGACGGAUGGGACGUUGAAGCAGGACACAUAGCCGUCUCGAAGAAACAGCCGUUCGCGCCAAAUAUCAACCACAAAAGAAAGGACCUGCUGGCUGCGUGGGACGAGGCGGCGGAAGAUGGGGAGGUUGAGGAGAACUUAAUUCUAGAGGGUGAGGUUGAAGAGGGGCAGACGCAGAAGAUUAGGCAAUCCCCGCAAGUUCGGCUAGGGAAGAAUAAGAUUGGGAUGGUCACUGUACCGGACGAACUCCAGGAGGCCAUUGCGACGCAGCUCAAAGGCCUGAAGAGAUUGCAGCUCCUGAAGGACGUUGACCGCAUCAACAACUCCCUCCUAUCCCAAGGGGCAUUAGCGAAGAAAGUGAGACAUAACCGUGAUGGAACAGUCGAACCAUUCGUGAAGGGGCACAACAUCCAAUAUGGAGUCGCCGAAUCACAGGCUUACGUAGCUGCCCGGGCGGGAGUCACUUACGGAGCAAUCACGAAUGUAUUGGCGCAGAUAGCGAAGCGGUUACCGGAUUUUAAACCGAAAUCGGCUUUGGAUUUCGGCACAGGGCCGGGGACGGCGCUAUGGGUUGCGAAUCGAGUGUGGGAGGACCAGAUCGAGACAAAUGUUGGGGUUGACAUCUCUGAGCCCAUGCUGAAGAUGGCCGACACCAUAGCCAAGAGCCCAGGAAGCAAGAUCAAAAACUUCUCUACGCGCCGGUUUCUCGCUGCCACCGCCACCGCCUCUCUGAGUGACCCAGCUGCAUCAACAAGUCUCCUGCCAGGCGCGCAACAGAAAUACGACCUUGUCAUAUCGGCAUAUGCCUUAGAGGAAAUCGCUACGGAUCCAUUACGAAAACAGACUAUUCAAUCGCUGUGGGAUCGUACGGGUGACGUCCUCGUGUUGAUUGACCGGGGGACACCGGAGGGUUUCAACCGGAUCGUAGAGGCUCGGUCGAUGAUUUUGGAUCAAGAGAAUGGGACGAAUACGAUGGAGACGUAUUUGAAGCCUUCAGAUUCACCGUCGGACGGCGCCCACAUCGUCGCGCCUUGCCCACAUGCCCGCACAUGCCCAAUGAUCGAACAGCCCAGCUGGUGCCAUUUCAGCCAGCGCGUGCACCGCAACUUCAUCAUGCAGAACGUAAUGAGCGGUGGGAUUACAUCGAGGAGUGUGAACCACCAAUUCACCAAGUUCUCCUACAUCGUCCUGCGCCGCGGGCCCCGGCCUCCCAAACCAAUCGAUCCAGCAGAAGGCCUCAACAACAAGCAGCUUAAAAAGCUCUUGCUUGAGCAGUGGACCAUGGACCCGCAGGAGUUCGUCCAGGAGGCGUACCGGUGGCCCCGCCUAAUUGCCCCGCCCAUCAAGGCCCGCAAACACUUUAUGCUCGACUCUUGCACGCCCGCUGGCCGACUAGAGCGUUACACCGUGUCCAAAGCAAAAGCCUUUACCGACAAGGAGUACACCGCCGCUAGGAAAAGCAAUUGGGGCGAUCUGUGGCCAUACAAGCCCAGUGGGGCUGUCGUGGUCAAGAAACCGAUGGAACAAACCCCACACCAUGACGAACAGGAUAAUCCGAAGAUGUUGAAGAAGCUGCUGAGAACGGGAGAGGUCAAGCGCUCGGACCUCAAGAUAAAGUAG